CGCCUCUCCAGUCAUCUACCUGCUCAGUCCAUCGUGCUUCCAAUGGCUUUGGUCCCAGCGCAUGCGGCCACCCAUCGUGCCACCCCGUACGGGCCUCACACGCGCGCGCCGCGGAAAGCGCCGCGGCCGCGCUUUCCGCGCUUGCGAGCCGACGGUGACGGUGAGACGCAGCACAGCAACUUUGAUGUCUCAGUGGCCGUGGUGGGCGCCGGGCCCGUGGGCUUGCUAACCGCCUUGGCCUUGGCUCGGCGCGGCUUCCGCAAGGUGCGCGUCUUGGACCGUCUGCCGGAGCCGGAGCGCCCCGACGCGCCCUGCUGGGGCGACCCGGAUCGAUCCUACAACCUGGGCCUUGGAGGCCGUGGGCAACGGGCGCUGAUGCGCUUUGGCGCCUUUGACACGGUGGACCACUACAGCAGGACGGUGGUGGGCAGAAAGGAUUGGUCCAAUGGUGAGGCCAAGGUGACCCUAAACAAGCGCCGCUUCAUGACGAAGGUCAUCGCCCGAGAUCGUUUGUCAAGCUGCCUCUAUCAGGAGUUGCAGGAGAAGCAUCCGGAGGUAGAGGUGCAGUUCUCAACCGAGUGCACUAGCGUGGAUUUCAGCCAAGCAAGGGCCCGGCUGGAGUUGCAGCGAUGUGGAGUGCCGAAAGACGUCCAGGGCCUGGCACAAGAGGAGUCCUGUGACAUUCUCAAUGAGGCCCCAAGCGAAAUGGAGGUCGAUCUGGUGCUAGGCUGCGACGGCAUCCGCUCCGCCGUGCGCGGGGCCUUGCAGGCGGCCGGCGCCCGGGUGGAACAGACGCGCUUCCAGGAUCGGCGGCCGAUUGUGUAUCGCGUCUUGGCCAUCCCAACAGGGAAGGAAGACAGCACAGAGCUGAACUACAGUGUACGCAAGGACAACGUGAUUGUGGAGGCCUUGCCCAACGUGGAGGGCGAUCUCCUUGGUGUGGUCUUGUUCCGCCCCACGGACGAGCGGAUCGAAGGGCUGAAAUCAGGAGCUGAGGCGAAGAAGGUCUUUGAGGAGCUCUUCCCUGAAUGGCCUACUCCAAUGAUCACCGAUGAAGAGUGGGACAACUUUGCCGCGCGAAAGACGCGGCAGCUGCCGCGGUUCGCCUACGCCGGGCCAGAGCUGAACCUAGGUGGCAAGUGCUGCUUGCUGGGCGAUGCGAUUCACUCGGUGAAGCCUUUCUUCGGUUUGGGUCUCAACAGCGGCUUUGAAGACAUCUCUGUGCUGGACCAGUGCUUGGGCGAGUGCGACGCGGAGCUCUCCAAAGCCUUGCCCCUCUACACGAGGCGUCGAGCGCCGGAGGCGAAGUGCCUGGUACGCUGCCAGCGGCGCUUCGACCAGGCGACUGACUUGGCUUUUGCCUUGGCCUUUGUGUUGCCCAUCGUUUUGGACUCGAUCUUCCGGAAGCUCCUCCCCAGCGUGUUUGCUCCGGGCCUGCUGGCGCUGUUCCAGGAUGGAGAACUGAGCUUCACGACGGCCGAACGGCGUAAGCGCCGGGAUCGGAUCCUUCAGGCGAUGAUCAUCUGUGGCGUCCUGUCGCUCUUGGGUGCAGGGGCCUUCCUCUCCCUGAGAACCGUGGCCAGACUGCUGUGGCGUUGUCUCAGCCCGCCAGUGCAUGGCUGGCUUCACCAUGAGCUGAUGUGAAGGUCCUUGCAGUGUAACCCGAUUUCUCCUCAACACAAGUUGCCGUGCAGAGAUGCAUCAGUGCUGGUUCACUGCAACUCUUUGGGCGGGGAAGUCCAGUGACCCUUUCUAGCUGAGGAAGCUUGAACAUC